GGGACUCAAGUUCUUCACAGCAAAACCAAAACCAAAGUGUUCUCUCAAUCAUCACAACCCACAUUGCUCUACUUUCAUUCUCAAUCUUGAAAUCUUUGCAUCACUGUUUGCCAUUUCAACUCACUUCUGAGGCAACAUUUGAAGUUGAUAGCUUUUAUCACUUCUUUAUUUAAUGCAAUGGAGAUGGUAAUGAACAUGGCGUCCCAAAGGCCACUGGUGAUCUUCAGUAGGAGCUCUUGUAGCAUGUGCGACACCAUCACAAUCCUCUUUCGGAACUUUGGUGCUGACCCGGCCAUCCACCAGCUAGAUCAAAUGCCGAGAGGCCGAGAAAUAGAGCAGGCUCUAUUGACCCUCGGUUACAAUGCUGUGCCGGUAGUGUUCAUUGGCGGCACACUGGUGGGAGGAGCUAAUGAGGUCACCAGCCUUCACCUCGAGAGGUCCCUAGUCCCAAAGCUUAGGGAGGCAGGAGCUAUAUGGUUGGACGUAUAAUUUGCAUUUCGACGUUACGUGCCCAUAUAUAUAUAGAGAGCCUAUUUCACUUCUAGUGAUGCUACUAAAUAAUGUGCACACGGGCUUGGUUUUUCCUUUUUUUUUUUUUUGCUAGUAAUAAAGUUUUCAUGUAAAGAGUUUCUCGUCUCUUUGGAAGCUCACUAUCAAAACAAAAUGUGAUCCGGAAGUGUUGGUUGCUAA